UCCCGCUGCUCGCUAUAGGCUGGAGGAUUUAAGCGGGCCCGCCGUAAUGAUGAGGGCUUUCUGAGACUGAUUGAUUUCAAAACUUGACGGGUUUCGAGUUUCACAGAGAUGAACGCAGAGGUGGAUUACGGAGGCUCCGGGAGCAGCGGGAACGGAAAGCUGCGCCAGUGGCUCAUCGAGCAGGUGGACUCCGGCAAAUACCCCGGGCUGGUGUGGGAGAACGACGAGAAGAACAUCUUCAGGAUACCGUGGAAACACGCCGGGAAACAGGACUACAACCGCGAUGAGGAUGCCGCGCUUUUCAAGGCCUGGGCGCUGUUUAAAGGCAAGUUUCGGGAGGGGAUCGACAAGGCGGACCCGCCGACCUGGAAGACUCGCCUCCGCUGCGCCCUCAACAAGAGCAAUGACUUCGAGGAGCUGGUGGAGAGGAGCCAACUGGACAUCUCAGACCCGUACAAAGUGUACCGCGUCAUCCCUGAGGGCGCCAAGAAAAGACCCCGACAGGACGACAGUCCUCUGAGUCCAAUGAGCUAUCAGGUGCACUCCCCCUAUCCUGCACUGCAGACUCAGAUGCCACAGUACGUGCCCACACCAGAGUGUGGCUGGAGAGAUUACUGUCAGGAACAGGCCGCCCUGCCUGAGCUGCCCUACACUCAGUGUCCCUGUCCCCCCCGCAGCCUGCCAUGGCAGGGCCCGUCCAUGGAGAAUGGAUACCAGCUCAGAGCCUCGAUUUACUCGUACGGUCCUGCUGACAGCCAGCCCUCGCCUUUCUCGCUGGACGCCAGCAUCAGAUCAGCGGAGGCGCUCUCAGACUUCCGCCUGCAUGUGUCUGUGUAUUUCCGAGAAAAUCAUGUGAGGGAGGUGACCACCUCCAGUCUGGAGGGCUGCCACAUCACCCCAGAAGAGAAGCACUACCUGCCGCCCGGAGGUCCCGAGGUGAUCCCCCUGCCUGUGGACAGUCUCUCGGCCCACAGGAUGGCAGAGGAGUGUCCCCCGAGUCCCCCGUCCAGCCUGGAGAGGGGAGUGUUACUGUGGAUGGGCCAAGACGGACUGUACGCUCGGCGGCUGUGUCAGAGCCGAGUGUACUGGCAGGGAGGACUGCCCCAGUACGGGGACAAGCUCAACAAACUGGAGAGGGAGGUCACCUGUAAACUCCUCCACACACAGGACUACCUGACAGAGAUCCAGAGCUGUGGGCUCCACGGUCGGCCGCUGCCUCGCUUCCAGGUCGUGCUUCAUUUUGGAGACGAGUGCCUGGACCCGCAGAGACAGAGACGGACCCUCACAGUCCAGGUGGAGCCGCUGUUUGCCAAGCAGCUCCAGUACUACGCCCAACAGAUGGGCAGCCACUACUACCGUAGCUACGAGCACCCGGGGGUCACGGAGCACAUAAACACCUCUGAGGACUACCAGAGGACCAUCACACACCACCACAGCAGCAGCCUGCAGGAGUGAUCUCAGUAGGUUCAAGUGACUGUUGAAAACUUCAAGAUGCAGCAGUGACCUUUGACCCAAGAGCCCGGAAAACUCAGAGACAGGAGGACAAUGUAUUAUUCAUAAAAAUGAAGGACAUUUAGUGACAGUAUGCAGUUUGCCCUGUAGGGCUGUGUGUGUGUGUGUGUGUGUGUGUGUGUGUGUGUGUGUGUGUGUGUGUGUCUGUGUGUGUGUGUGUCUGUGUGUGUGUCUCUGUGU